AUAUAAAAUGCAAGAAACACCGAAAAAUUCAUUUCCCCCCGCCCCAAGUUCAACAUCUCUGCUUCCGUUUUUUCUUCUCCAUAUAAAACCCAUCACUAUCCAUUCCUUGGUUCUCAAUCUGUUCUCCGAUUUUGACCGGUUGCGAAUUUGUAUUCAUCGAUCCGAAUUGAGGCACAACAAAGUUUCGAAUCUCCAUUUGAUUCAGCGAGGUGGCGAUUUUUGCUCUAGCUUGGAGACCUGCGGGAAGUUGACGUGACAAGAGGAGUCAGCUGAGGUAUUAGAAGAAUGGCCAGUAAUGCAGCAGCCUGCGCAGAGAGGGCAACCAAUGAUAUGCUGAUUGGUCCAGACUGGGCCAUAAACAUUGAGCUGUGUGAUAUUAUUAACAUGGAUCCUGGGCAAGCAAAGGAGGCAUUGAAGAUACUCAAGAAGCGGUUAACAAACAAAAACCCCAAGAUUCAGAUUUUGGCUCUUGUUGUUUUGGAGACUCUUAGCAAAAAUUGUGGUGAGAACGUGUUUCAGCAGAUUGUUGAGCGUGACAUCCUGCAUGACAUGGUUAAAAUAGUGAAGAAGAAGCCAGACUUGAGUGUGAGGGAGAAAAUACUAGUUCUGAUAGAUACAUGGCAAGAAGCAUUUGGAGGACCAAGGGGAAGGUAUCCCCAGUGCUAUGCUGCUUAUAAUGAAUUAAAGAAUGCUGGAGUUGAAUUUCCUCCGCGAGAAGAGAAUAGUGUUCCAUUUUUUACUCCACCUCAGACUCAGCCCAUUGUUAAUCAACCUGCUGCAAUUUAUGAGGAUGCUGCUAUUCAUGCCUCUCUUGAAUCUGAUGCUUCGGGCCUGAGCUUGCCAGAGAUACGAAAUGCACAUGGACUUGCAGAUGUUCUCUUGGAGAUGCUUGGUGCAUUAGACCCUAAGAAACCAGAGGGCGUGAAGCAAGAAGUGAUUGUUGACCUGGUUGACCAGUGCCAAUCCUAUCAAAAGCGCGUCAUGCUGCUUAUAAAUAGUACAGGAGAUGAGGAACUUUUAUGUCAGGGAUUGGCUUUGAAUGAUGUUCUGCAGCGAGUUCUUAAACAGCAUGAUGAUAUAGCGAACGGAACUGCUACUAGGGAAGCAACAGGAGCGGCACCAUCCACUCUUCCAACUAUAAAUGUUAGUCAUGAAGACGACGAGUCAGAAGAUGAUUUUGCUCAGUUAGCAAGGAGACCGUCUAGCCAAGGACCGAGUAAAAAACCAGCAAAUGGUAAUACUGAAGCAACACGUGUCGGCCCUCUUCUACCUCCUCCACCCUCAUCAAAGAAGCCUGUUGUUGCAGGUAGCAGCAUGGUAGAUUACCUCAGUGGUGAUGCCUACAAAUCAGAAGAAGCUUUGGAAACCUCCCGUCCACCUUUUACAGUUCCAACUUCAACUCCGCCAUCUUCCUCUCCCCUUUCCACUGGAAAACCUGUGUAUGAUGAACCAACUCCCACAAGCAGGUCUGCUGAUCCGCUGCCUCCAGCACCAUGGGACUCACAGUCCCAAAGCUCCUCUUUUCUUCCACCCCCGCCAUCGAAAUAUGACCAGAGACAGCAAUUUUUUGACCAACAAGAUGGUCGUGGGUCAGGUUCGUCGUAUGAUAGCUUAGUUGGACAUACCCAGAAUCUCUCUCUCAGUCCAACACCAACCAAACAGGAAAAACAAGAAGACGUGCUAUUUAAAGAUCUGGUUGACUUUGCCAAAGCUCGAUCCUCUGGUUCGUCAAAGCCGAACCGUUCUUUGUGAACAUUCAAGUAAAUAUGAAAUCAUAUGGUGUUGGUACAGAUUAUAAAGUUGUUUUAGCCCAUCAGUUUGGAGAAUUUAUCAAUUACCAAAUUAUAAUUUGGAAUAGGAAGCCAGUUUUUGGGUUGUGUAUGUAUGCGGUUUCUUGGUUGAUGAAUCCAGCAGUUUGUUGCAUAUGUUUGGCUAUUAUAUAUAUAUAUAUACACAUAUUUUCUUUUA